UAAAAAGUCAAUGAAUUCUGAAAUGAUUUUAACAAAAAACGACGUCAAACCAUCUCAAAAGUUAAGUUACAUGAGCCAGAAUGAUACCGUAAAAAUAAGUCAAGAUUUCUACAAUAAGCUACCAAAGGUAUAUCCUAUCCAACGUGAAUAUAACCGAUGUUCUAUUGUGGGAAAUAGCGGAAUAUUAAAUGGAAGUAAAUGUGGUAAUGAAAUAGACAGAGCUGAUUUUGUUAUUAGAUGCAAUGCUCCACCGAUUAGCCAAUUUUCAGUAGAUGCGGGUGUUAAGUCUAAUAUAACCACAUUUAAUCCUUCGAUUCUAAAAUUAAGAUUUGGCGGAUUACGAAAACAAAAGCAUAUUUUAAAGUUUAUUAACUCAGUAAAUCAGUACAACAAAUACAUUUGGUUUCCAAGCUUCUACUCCAAUACAACCUUUCUAGGAUGUUUAAAAGCCAUUAAUCUAAUUUCAAGAACGCAUAGAAAAAUAAAAGUACUAAAUGGAAAUCCAAAUCAUUUCAAAGAUGUCAACCGUUACUGCAAAAAAGAAUUUAACAUCAGCAAAACUAUGUCUACAGGAUUUUAUAUCACAAUGUCAGCGCUCUUAUAUUGCAAGGAGAUUCAUCUAUAUGGAUUUUGGCCAUUCUUUCAGGACCUCAACAAUCGUUCAGUUUCCUACCACUAUUUCGAAAACAGCACGUUGAAGAAAUACGGACAUGGUUUUGGGAAAGAAUUUAAAGAACUACUACGACUGCACAGUGACGGUAUUUUGAAACUACAUGUCAAUAAAUGCUCUUUAUAGCUAAAUAAUAAUAUUACAUUGACAGAUAAACUCAAUUGAAUUAAAUACUAAGAUUAUAAUCUUGAGUAUUAUAUUUUUCAUUGUAAACCUAAACAUUACAGAUCUAGGAACAGAAGGACAACAGUCAUUAGUAAGGCCGAGGCCUAUAAUUACAACUUUAGCGUAUUAAAACUUUAGCUGUAUCAACAGUCAAGCACCGCCUACUUUAGUGUUUAUCAUGUAUAUAUACAGACAGAAAAAGGAAAUCUCCCUGGGUAGUCCUGUAUUAGCGUAAUCAUUGAAAACAUUUUUUAUAGAAUUGCUAUAAAAGUAUCUAAUCGACACGGUAAUUGACAACAGACUCGCUUUGUGGAGACGGUACGUAGAGGAUAUUUUGUCCAUCAUACCAGUCAAUACCGCUAAGGACUUGAACAACUACAACAUCAACAACAUCGACCGCAUCGACUACUAAGACAAAAUUUACAACAGAACUUAUGAAAAACAAUCGAUUUUCUUUCCUAAAACACUACGACACACACAUGAACAACUACUGCUUAUCGAAAACCAACUCUCACUAAUAUCUUCACGGACUUCAACUGUCAUCAUUCACUGGAGCACAAAUCCAGUGACACAAUAUGUGUCAUAAUCUGUGAUAUCAGAUGAGCAGCACAAAAAAUAACAAUUUUCAUAUUCAAUAAGACAAACAUGAAUAAAUGUGCAUGAUAAAUUGCCAUUAAAAUCGUGAAGGUACUGUCCACUGGUCAGAAAGAUCUGGAAUUAGUUAAGAACAUCAACGUACUUAGUAUUUUAGAGUUUAUGGAAAGGAAACGAUAGAUUGUUAAGUCAAAUAUAACGUAUGGUGAUCUGUUCUUUGAGGGAAAAUUAGAGUUAGGUUUUAUCUUUUUUUUGUAUUUAUUAUGGAAUGCGAGAUAGUGUUAAGUUUAUAUUGUCUUUUAAAAAUGUUUAAAGUGUAUAAUUAAAUUGAUUAAACAUUUACAUUAAAAAAAAAAAUUAUCUCCAUCUGUAUUUAUGUGUCUGCUCUCCCACGGGAGGUUAAUAUAUAGAUUAUUUGGUUUGAUACUCCCAAGAAAUGUCUUUAAAAGACCUAUAAUUAUUGAAAUCUCAUACAUUUUGUGUUGAAUGUUUAUAUUCACCUAGGUAUAUAUAAACCGUGAGAUAUGGAAAUAAAAGUCACACUGUUUAUGAUAAUAUAAAAAA